AUAAAUACCCAUAUCGAUCAAAUUCCUGUCGAAAUCCAAAAAAGAAAGGUGCAAAACAAGAAAAAUUUUAAUCAAAAAAUGUUUUUCUUUUUUGUGGGAGGAUUGGAGCAGCAAGCAAGGCAGGUGCUGAAGAGCGGGGCGGGUCGGUGUAUCGCCUGCGGGUCACCGGCCGAUCUGGUUGACUAUGAAAAGGUUCUCAAGCUAUUCUUCGUGCCCGUUUGGCGGUGGCCCGGGAAGCAGCCACUUUUGCAUUGCUCCAAUUGUAAACUUUUCUUCCCAGAGUCGUUCUCUCCGCCGCCGCCGUCGUCGACGGAGAUUCCGGUGGAGGUGAAAAGAGAUGCCUUGCGGUGCCAAUUCUGUGCACGGGAGGUGGAUCCUGGGUUUAGGUUCUGCCCCUUCUGCGGGUCGGCUCUGUAAAUUGCUGUUUUUGAGGUUUUGGGUUUUAAGGAUUAGUGUUUGUAUGUGGGGAUUUGUCUUUAAUAUUAAUAAAUAAAAAUUGUUGUUGCUAUA